UACAGCCGCAUCCCAAAUUGACAUGAUUCCACUAGGACACUUGGUUUGACGCACAUUAAGCGUAACACGUUUACACGGGUGAUAAUAUUAGUAAUAGUCAAAUUGUCGCAUACUUCAAGUAGAUUGCUGGCCUACGUUCAGUAAUGUGAAUAUUUAUAGUGCGAGACGCUUAUUUCGCCUUGCGGGUGGCACCGUAUAGCUUCGACCCAGCGGAGAGCAGUUUGUUUUUUAAUCUGGCCGGGUGGUGUGGAGAUACUGUAGGCUUCCCGCUACAUUCCGGUCGUUAUUGUCUAUCAUAAAGGAUGCAUAGUGACUAGCAAAUAGACGACACUUCAGUGAACGCUGAGCUGAGUUUUUCUGGCGCGUUAAAACAGACUAAAGAUGGGGCUGCUCGGCUAUUGGAUUCUUUUCACCACACCUUUGGUUCAAUCUGUUCUGUCCAGUCUGCACCCUGACUGUGAGUAUGUCUUUCAGCUGGAGAGAGAGGAGAGGCAUUGUCUUCAGUACAUCACAGAGCACGAUAACAACCACAGUACGCUCGGCUGUCUUCCGUUCUGGGACUCUUUGGCUUGCUGGCCAUAUGCCGUGGUUGGGGAGACAGUCCGCACAGAGUGCCCUGAUGUUUUCUCCAUUCUAGGGAACAAAACUGGGUCCGUAAGCAGAAACUGUAGCAGCAUCGGAUGGUCCCAGCCGUUCCCCCCUUACCGCAUAGCCUGUAUUGUUGAGGAUGACAUUGACGUCCCUGAGGAUUCAUAUUAUGCCACGAUCAAGUACUUUGCCACAGUGAAGCUGAUCUACAGCAUUGGCUAUGGGACUUCUCUGGUCUUUCUGUCCAUCGCCGUGUUGAUCCUGGUGCUUUUCAGAAAGCUUCGUUGUGCCAGGAAUUGCAUUCACAUCCAGUUGUUCGUCACGUUCAUGCUUAAGGCGGUGGCUGUGUUCAUCAAGGACGCCACACUGUUUGCCAGCGAUGACACAGAUCACUGCACGCUCUCCACCGCAGCCUGUAAGGCCUCAGUGGUCUUCUGUCACUACUGUGUCAUGGCUAACUUCUUCUGGCUCCUGGUUGAGGCUCUCUACCUGAACUCCUUGCUCCUCUCCUCCUUCCACCACAGCCAUCGUUGCCUCUGGGGCUUUGGCCUGCUGGGCUGGGGUGUUCCUCUCGUCUUUAUAAUCAUGUGGAUUGGGUCCAGGAUGUAUUUUGAAGAUACUGAAUGCUGGGACAUCAAUGAGGACUCCCCCUAUUGGUGGAUCAUCAAAGGACCAAUCGUUGUGUCAAUCGUGGUCAAUUUCAUCCUUUUCAUGAACAUCAUCAAAAUCCUGAUCCAGAAACUGAACCCUCGUCUGAUCCAAUUUAACAACUCGGACCAGUAUAAGCGUCUGACUAAGUCCACCCUCCUCCUCAUCCCGCUUUUCGGCACCCAUUACAUGGUGUUCAACUUCCUGCCUGACUACUUUAAUAUUACAGUGCGCAUCUGUAUCGAGCUUUGCAUGGGAUCCUUUCAGGGGCUGAUUGUGGCGAUUCUCUAUUGCUUUCUCAAUAAAGAGGUGCAGAAGGAGAUCCGUGUGAGGUGGAUGAAGUGGCAGGACAACAGCUACGGAGCGGUGCUGCCCGGUGCCAAGGGCAGCCAGAUGGACACGCCGUUCUAGUGCUCUUCCAACUCCCCCUUCGGACCUACACAAGCGUCUUUCCCAGGCGUCAGAGUAGACCUGAAAUCUGCCUUUGAAAUCCUCUGUGUUUAGACUGGACAGGGAGCUGCCAAAGUCUGAGUGGAGUUAUUGUAGCAAGUUGACUGGAAACUAUGUGAGGGUAAUGAGAAUGACAGUAGCAGUUUAGUUGAAUUAGAAAAGCUGUGAGGGUGAAAAUGGGCUAAGACUGAAAAUGUUGACUUUCUAUGGACGUCCCUUCUAGAAGAGACCAUGUACAUAUGAAGUAAUUUUCUUCGUCCUUCUUCUGCCUCCACACAUCUAUGAAGUACUUUUGAAAGAGAGGGUGUAUAGAGGGUGUAUACAUUGUAUUCUUGAGAUGUACACUGUCCUUUCCUCUGAUCAUUACAAUGUCAUUACUGAGAGGACCACUGGGUUCAUCCAUCGCUUUCAGUAGAUGAACUGUGGCAGCACUGUGAAAUGCUAUUUGUCUCCAUCCAACUCCUCUUCUGUGUCAAGGCACACAGGAAAGUCUUUCUAUGUGUAGCUCUGAUCCAUAGUGUUGCGUGGCCAUCUACGAUGCUGAAGCUGAACAUCAUGUCCUAGACCAAAGUUGUCUCCAUGGUGACACGGUGUAGGGAGGGAAACGGGACGCAGACCCGGGCACAAACCAGACUUCACUGGGGUUAAGCAAAGAGUACCCGAACUGGAUGAGGGUAAACCAAAACAACUAGAACUAAGCUCAGGAGACACAAGGACACCUGACAUUGACAGACUCCACCAGAGUCACGGGUGAACUGAGGUAUUCGUAUAGUCCAGGUGUGUUUGAGUCCAGCUGAGUGGGACAGGGAUGAGGGCCAAGUAUGUGCCUAGAGUGUAAGGGAACCAAAGGGAAAAUGGUACUGGAACCAGCCCAGUGCCUGCAAACGCAUCAUGGGGGAGGGCAGGUGUUACGUAUGGUACUGGGCCGCCAUGGGUUCUUUCUCAGAUGAGCAAAGAAGUUGGGUCUUUUAAGAAGUUCGUAAUAAUUAAUAUAUUAUCUGGCAAAUACAGUUUUUUUUCAAAUGGUUCCAUUGUCAGGUUUUUGGGGGGAUUUUCUUAUUUGUGUUUGGACUCUUCAACUGUGGCCUGCAGUGCUGAAACAUGUCAGUUUUGUGUUUUUACUGGUAGUUAAUUGAACCGACCUGGUCAAUUAGUCAUUUAAGAGGCAAUUAAAGUCUAGUAAUGCCAUGAAUUCUAAGGAAAGGGGUUUAUGCCUUUUAAGGUUUUCACUGAUCUAAUUUCUAAUUCUGAAAGUAAAUAUUUCUACAUGUGCAAUAUAGAUGUCAUGCCAUUACUAAACGGAUUGUGUGUUAAUGUGCUUGAAUGUUCAAAUAAAAGCCAAAUUCUGUUUAA